AUGAAGCUCAUUUCACUGAGCAUAGCGGCCGCGUCUUUGGUGGCUGUCGGCGCUUCUUUGUCUUAUGACGGGUACCAAGUCUUUCGAGUUAAGACCGGUACCAAAAUGGCUUUCGUGCAGCAAAAGCUAGAAACCAUAAAAUUCGACGAAUGGAACACAGUCAGAAACAUGCAUAUCGAUAUCGCGGUUUCGCCUGACCAGAUUGACGCAUUCAUGAAACUCAACCUGAAUUAUCACGUCAUGCACAGCGACUUAUCCAGUUCGAUUUCUGCAGAGUCCGCUGCGAACGAUAUGUGGAAGAGACAAGUCAAUGAUCUGUCCUGGUACAAAAGCUAUCACCCAUACGAAGACCACAAGGCAUAUUUCAAAGCCUUGUACGAAAGGUUCCCCAAUAAUUCAAAGCUUGUAUCUUCGGGGACUUCUCAUGAAGGAAGAGAAAUAUUUGGCAUUCACAUUUGGGGCGCUAAUGGCCCCGGUCAACCAGCCGUCUUGUGGCACGGAACGGUCCAUGCAAGGGAGUGGAUUGUUGCUCCUGUUCUUGAGUAUCUUUCUCUUCAGUUGAUACAAGGCUAUGGUAUCGACAACGCCACGACCGGAUUUGUGGAUAAAUAUGACUUUUGGGUCUUUCCAAUCGUAAACCCUGAUGGCACUUACAGUCAGCUUUUCCUUGCACCGGUUGGUUUCAACUGUACCUACUAUAUUCCUACCUUGGGGCAACACAUCUCGCUAGCACAGAUCACCUCGGAUGCCAUAAGGGAAGUCGAGGGUGUCACUUUCACCUACGGCCCAAGCUGCGCGACCUUGUAUCCCACAACAGGCGGGAGUUUUGAUUAUGCCUAUGCUGUUGGUAAAGCAGCCUGGUCUUAUCUGAUUGAGCUUCGAGACACUGGGGACUGUGGAUUUAUCCUGCCAGCACAUCAGAUUGAAGGCAGUGCAGCAGAACAAUGGGAGGGUGUCAAGGUGAUGCUAAGUCUUCUCAAUGAGACCUUCUUCAAUGGUGCGGGAGACGCGACACUGUAA